AUGACUGGAGAUCGGCUGGUCGUUCUGGUCUUGGCCGUUCUGCUGUGUGCUCCACUCGCAGGCUGUGUCGGCGACGCCGAAAGAGUGAGCUUCCUAUUUCGAAUUGCGUUUGCCCUAUGCUUGGAGGCGUCUGUGCGUCUCCACUACCGGGGGGUUUUUGUUCUCCCUUGUUGGUAUUUCGUUGCGUUUUUCUAGAACCGAAUGCCAUCUCAGGGUGAUCCAAGAGCUUCUCCUGCGCCGGACAAGGUCGCCAAGAUCAAGGCCGCGGUGAACGAGCCAGUGAAGGUUGCCGAUGGUGUGAUGGGAGAAAACGUAGCCCCAGCAGAUCGACGGCCGGAAGGUCAGGGGAACGGGGUCUUGCGCGAGGAUAAGGUGCGAGAGGGUACGAAAACCAAGGAUGAAGCUGGAAAGGGAAUUUCCGCCGGCGAUUCAAGUUCGAAAACCGCGGUUGCCAAAGAGAAAUCUCCUGUGGAAGACUGCGGCGAGAAGAACGGCUGCACCGACACGAAGAACAACUUCGUUGCUUGUCUGAAAGUCCCCGGAAAUGGUAUGUGACCUGAUGCCCUAUCCCCGUCUCAUCAACCUGUGGUUAAUGGCGAAGGAGAUUACGUUUCAGCUUUCAGCAUUAUGCCUUCCCUGUUCUUCUUAGAUUCAUGAAAAACAGUUUGCAGGUUCUGCCAUUCUUCCUAAAUAGAAACAGUCUAAAUGUCUAGCUUUCAAGGGAUUGACUAGUUGGAGGUAAUCACCCAAAUCUUCAUUGUUUUCUAUUUUUUUUUUCAACUUUAAUUAGAGAAUGCAUGGGUUUUUCAUACCCGUGGGUAAAACUUUCGGGCUGGAUAGUUCUCCCCCGAUGUUCUAUCAGUGGAUUGGGGCAUGUUCUUGAAGGCUGUGUGCGUUUGUGUAUGUGUAUGUGUCAGCGAGAGAGAGAGAGAGAGAGAGAGAGAGAGAGAGAGAGACUUUUUUCCAUUUUAUUCAUCAGUCUUAUUCAACUCCUGAAAAGAUGUGAGCAAAGUUGGAUCGGCUUCUGCUUGAAGUAGAAAUUUGAGAACAUUAUUACAUUAAGAGGCGGAUCAUAUGCUGCUGUAUGCAGUGACACUCCAUAGUCUCGCAUAAAUUAUUCAGAUUUCCAUUUUCCCAUGGUAGCAAUUAGGGAUGGACUAGGUUUUAAAAUUUAGGAGAUGGUACUCGUUUCCAUAGUUUUACUGUUUUUAGUAACUUUGAUGGAAAACCCUCACGUUCCUGUUGUUCUUCUCUGGAGGAAAGCUAAAACUGUAAGAGGGGUAGCUCAUGAGGGAGACAGUUGACCUUCAGUACGGUCAAGUGGGCUUUGGAAGGGUUGAUUAGCUGGCUGGCACGUCACGCUGAUUACUGGGUUACUCUCAGUUAAUUUAAAAGCCAAGGAGUUUUUAGAAAACUAGUUCAUGUCUAUUUGCUUCAAAGUAUUUGCAGUUCAUCGGAAAGAACCAAUUCUUCCUAAGAGUGUUGACCAAAGCUUAAAACCCCAGACCCUAAACGUGUGAGAAAACUGAGAAGCAAGACUGGAACUUUGAUCAAGGCCGACUUGAAGUCAAUCACUCUUGGUCAACGGUUCAGGUUUCGAAACAAGUCCCCUUGAUUCUUAAGAAAGAUCGAAGAAACGGCCUCAUUAGGAAAUAUCUCAUGUGCUGUUUGUGGUUAAUGCUGUGGUUCUCUAGAUCUUUUUUUUAGAAAAAAAAAACAUGAAGAACGAUGGAUCAGUGGGUUGAAACUUGUUGAUCUUCUUUAACCCGGCAUUUAUUUUCUGAUUUCAGAUUCCUCAGGUCUCACGCUCUUGAUCGUUAACAAGGGAAUCGGAUCUCUCACUGUCAACAUUCAGGCCCCUGAGCAUGUCAGUCUGGAGAAGUCCGUCGUCCUCCGAGUGAAUGAGCGCAAAACGGUGAAUGCCGAAGCUUCUGCCUAUUCUGGGUCUUGAGCCCGAUUUGCACAGAAUAUUUCUCAAGAUCCUCCUCCCUCACGCCUUCCAAUCCGCCGUGCAGGUGAAGGUCUCGGUGAAGAAAGGCGUUGGCGACGAGUCGAUAAUCUUGAACUCCGGCGAUGGCCGCUGCGAGCUCAGCUUCCCAGAGCUGAUCCCCAACUCCGUGAAGGACGGCAGCGGCGGGGCAUCCGUUCCUUCCUCCGGCAGGCUCCUCUCCCCUGCGGGCUUAGUGUACCUGGCUCUCGCCGCCGUGGCUCUCGCCGUCGUCGCCUGGCUGCUGGUCAAGCACCGGCGGGCGCGCCGGUCGCUCCGCGCGGGGAGCCGCAGGCUGGGCGGAGCUCUGCCCGUCUCCGGCGGGGAACACGGCGCCGCCGCCGGGUGGAACGACGGCUGGGAGGAAAGCUGGGACGACGACGACGAUGACGAGGAGACCCCCCGGACCCCCUCCAAGCCCCUGUCCACCCCCUCCCUGAAGAGACUAGCCCCGAGGAGGUCCAACAGAGACUCCUGGAAAGACUAA